AGUAGCACGUGUCAUGUGUUUUCUGAAUUUCACGAUAAAUACAAACAAAACGGCUUUUAUUCCUUUAGUCUUUUCAAUAAUUUAGUAUUAUAUAGUAUACUUAAAUACAUGUAAUAUGAGACAAAGAAUUGUAUCAAGACUGAACAAUAAAUGAAAUAGAAUCAUAAUUAAAUAAGCAAAAAAAUAAUAACAUUUAUACUUAAAUUAUGAAAAAUUUCUGAAAUUAACAACAAAAAAAUUGUCUUCUGCUGUGAAAAUGUCAUCAUCAAAUGAAUUGAAUUUUGAAAAUCUAGAUAAAAAUCUUUUACAUAAAUGUAAAGAUGUGGAAAUCAACGAAAGUGAACCACCAAAAAAAAAAUCACGCAGUCAAUUGAAUUCAGAAAUUCUAAAAGACUGCAAGCAACUUGAAGAUCCACCAUUAACAGAGUCAGAUAAAUUAUUGACAGCUAAUCGAUUGACAUAUGAUUUUUAUAAUACUCCAUGUGAACAAUUGGCACAGCAAUUAUUAGGAAAAAUACUUGUACGUCGAUUAGAAAAUGGUAUAAUAUUGAAAGGAAGAAUAGUAGAAACAGAAUCUUAUCUUGGAGGAAUUGAUAAAGCUUCUCAAACCUAUCAAAAUAAAGUAACGCCUCGAAAUAUACCGAUGUAUAUGCCACCAGGAACAAUUUACGUUUAUUUCACAUAUGGGAUGUAUCACUGUUUCAAUAUAUCAAGUCAAGGUGAAGGAGCUGCAGUUCUUUUAAGAGCUUUAGAGCCAGUCGAAGGUAUUGAGGAAAUGUUGUAUAAUCGUAAAUUAAAAUCGAAAAAAAAAAAUUCCGAAAAAACUAGAAAAAUAUUAAAAGCACACGAGUUAUGCAACGGUCCUUCCAAGAUAUGUAUGGCAUUUGAAAUUGAUAAAGAUUGUUGUAAAUAUUCAUUAUGUACCUGGAAAAAUAUGUGGAUUGAGCCUGAUUACAAUCCACCAGACGAAACAAUUAAAAUAAUUAAAUGUCCGAGAAUUGGUAUAGACAGUGCUGGGCCAGAAUGGGCAAGUAAACCAUUGCGUUAUUAUAUUUACAAUAAUAAUUCAGUGAGCAAACGGGACAAAAAAGCUGAACAAGAUUUUGUCAAGGAUAAUUAA